AAGGACCAACAGCAGCCCGGCAGCAGCCAGCUGACGCUCAGCGCGCUCUUAGCACGCCAAAAACUGCGCGCAGCUGAAGCCGCAGCCCUGGGAAAGGCAGGCGAGGGGCGAACGCGGCGGCAGAAACGCCUCCCAGCCUAGCCCGACUCCAGCUCCACCUCCAGCGCUGCCGUUCGCUGGCUCCCAGCUGGCACGGCCUUGGCGUUUUCAGAAGUAAGGGAGGCGGGUUUUUCCUCGUUCGGUCUCUGCGCUGAAGCAGCUUCCUGGUCACCUGAGAACUACAGGAAAGAGGCCGGCGUCUCGACUGGUUUCGGUGUUGGGGACGCCGCCAUGGCUUCACUUUUCAAGAAGAAGACAGUGGACGAUAUAAUUAAAGAACAAAAUAAGGAAUUAAGAGGUACACAGAGGGCUAUAGGAAGAGAUCGACUAGCUUUGGAGAGACAAGAAAAGCAACUGGAAUUGGAAAUAAAGAAAAUGGCUAAAACAGGAAACAAGGAAGCCUGUAAGGUUCUAGCAAAACAGCUUGUGCAGUUGAGAAAACAGAAAACUCGAACCUAUGCUGUUAGUUCAAAAGUUACAUCCAUGUCGACUCAGACAAAACUGAUGAAUUCCCAGAUGAAGAUGGCAGGAGCAGUGUCAACAACAGCAAAGACAAUGCUGGCUGUCAAUAAAAAGAUGGAUCCACAGAAGACACUGCAAACUAUGCAGAAUUUCCAGAAAGAAAAUAUGAAAAUGGAAAUGACAGAAGAAAUGAUCAACGAUACCCUAGACGAUAUCUUCAAUGAUUCUGAUGAAGAACAAGAAAGCCAGGAUAUUGUUAACCAAGUUCUUGAUGAAAUUGGAAUUGAAAUAUCUGGAAAGAUGGCAAAGGCUCCUUCAGCUGCGAUAGGCAUGCCGUCUGCAUCUACAUCAAAAAAUGCUACAAUUUCAGAUGAAGAGAUUGAGCGGCAACUUAAAGCUUUAGGAGUAGAUUAGCUUUAUGCUAAUAUGAAGCCUGACCUAUACAGCUGCUCCAAUAUUGGCAUAUGCACAAACCUCCAGUACAGGUUUCAAUAAAAAACCAGAUUUCAUCGCAAAUCUUGCCUAAGCCAUUAUUGGUAAUGGUAAUUUCUACAGAGAGCUGGAAGAACUAAACUUGAGAGAGAGAGAGAGCAGAACAAAAUAUGUCAUGAAGAAUUUGUAUAUCUUUUAUUAAAUUGGGAUAUUUUGUUAACAGGCCAUUUAUUACAUAUGGUUUAAAUUUUGAUUUCUUCGGUUUAGUUUCGGACAAAAAAUAUUUAGCUUGGUAACUAUUCCAUUCAUCUUUAUAUUUCUACAUUUUGUAAAUUAUUAGAAGCAGCCUUUCUGAAAGAAUUUCAGCUCUGCUUUAAUUGUAAACACUUCUUAAGAAAUAACAUGACUUAAAAUGCAGCUUGUUUUUAAUGAGUUGGAAGAGACAGUUGUCAUCUUCAGCAGAAUGAUUAUAAAAAUUUCAGUAAAAAUGUAUGGAAUUUUUCAUUAAAUACUUUUUAACAACUUAUUCUAGUUCAAUUUAAUGUUAAAAUGAUACAUAUGUUUCCAUUAUAGAUUCUGGAAGAGUAUUGAUACCCAAUUAGUGGAACUUCAGGAAACAGGGCUGUGGUCUAAAAUAAUUUUCUGUUAGCAAAAUGUUGGAAAGGAUAAUUUGAAUAAUUUCCACUGUACUGUAAUAUAGCUGACUUGAAGAAGAGUCUGUGCCUUUCUGUAUAUAAUGUUUGGUUUCUUUUAAUUAAGUUUUGAAAUGUGAGAAAAGUAAUGUAAGCCAUUAACUUAUGUUAGCACUGAAAUUAUGUGAACUCCAUUAUUGGUAUGGAGGACAUAACACCUGAAAAAGAUAAUCUUUUUCCUGCAAUAUCAUUUGUACAUAAAUACCAUGCAUAAUUUUUCAUUAAACAAAUGUUACUUUUCAAAAUAUCCUUUAUUGUCCAAUAUAAUAUGCUCUGUAUCCAUUUUUACACUUGAAUGUUGUACACAGGCUUAACUGAAGUUAAUGAAUUUAUUUGAAUUUGCACCUAAUACGUUUAAAUAACACAUAUGUGUUAUAGGACACUUGAAAUGUGUAGCAAUAGAAGAGCAGGUUGUAAGAGUAUUUUGUAUUUUUUUCAAACUGCAAUGCAGACUUGACACUGAUCUUGUAAGUGCAAAGUAGAAAUCAAUGAAUGAUAUAACAAAAUAAUUAUUGAAGCUAUUUUAUUUUACCAAUAAUUAGAUGAAAAUAGAAUGUCAACAGCAAUGAGAAUGUAGCAUUCAAUUUUAAAAUUAUACAUUGUGUCAAAUUACUUAAAUAUUAUUAAAUUUGAUUUAAUAGCUACAAUAUUUAGUGCAGUAUAUCCCACUAUGGUUAGGUUGUGUAAGCUUUCAUUGUGUAAAAAUGAAAAAGUCUUUAUUAAUUGCCAAUUUAAUUUGAUAGAUUUAAUUUAUAUUUCUGCCUAAUAUGGAUCUGAAAUCAUUUAUGAAUUGGUUACUUAGACAGAAAUUUUUUAUAUACUAGUAGCUAAAAGUAAGCUCCAUUUAAUUUAAUGGAACUUCUGUCCAGGCAUGAGCACAAUUGUGUAGCAUGUAAAUGCUAGAUAUGACUGUUUUUUUUAAAAAAAAUAUUCUGUUAAUCUUCUCAUCUUCCCUAUAUUCAGAUACUUAGUUAAAUUAAUAACAUCAGUUUUUGAAAAAGAAUUGCAAUUUAAAAAAUCUUUGUUUUCUUUUUUUUGCUUGCAAAACAUCUAUAAUAAUUUGUAUAGAAUAAACUUAGUAAUGAGGAGAAA